AGGGAAAAGAAAAGGAGGGAGGAAGGAAAGGGUAGAGAAGGAAGAAAGGAGGAAGGGAGGAAAAAAAGAAAGAAAGAAAGAAAGAAAGAAAGAAAGAGAAAGAAAGAGAGAGGAGAGAAAGAAAGAGGGAGGAAAGGAAGGGAGGAAAGAAAAGAAGGAAGGAGGAGAAAAAGGGAAGGUAAGUUAAAGCAUUUUUCAAACUUAAAACAAGAGGAAGGAAAGAGGAAGAAGGAAGGAAGGAGAGAAGGAAGGACGGAGAAGGGAAGGAAGAAGAGAGGG